AUGGCGCAGCAAGAAAAUCAACUGGACAGUGAAAGAUUGUGCUGUUCGAUCUGUCUUGAUUUAAUGAAGGAUCCGUUGACUAUUGGCUGUGGACACACCUACUGUAUGAGCUGUAUUAAAACCAACUGAGACAAUAAGGAGGAGAUAGGAAUCUACAGCUGCCCUCAGUGUAAACAGACCUUCAAAGGGAGGCCUGUCCUUGUGAAAAAAAACAUGUUAUCUGAUUUACUGGAGGAGCUGAAGAAGAUUGGACUACAAGUUGCUCCUCCUCCACUGCUAUGCUGGACAUGAAGAUGUGGCCUAGAGCUCGGGCUGAGGAGAUAAACAAUCCAGCAGAGACUCCAGGACAGAGAGAAAGAUGUGAAGCUGCUUCAACAGGACGUGGUGGCCGUCAAUGGCUCUGCUGAUAAAGCAGUGGAGGACAGUGAGAAGAUCUACACUGAGCUGAUCCUUCUGGUGGAAAAAUAA